UCCAUAUAUACCUGCAUAUUCAAUCAUGCUUCUUAUAAAUUCUUCGCAUUAACCUCUCUUUCUUCCCUAUAAUUUAUACAAAAAAAAUAAAAUAAUUAUUUUGAAAGAAAAGAAUGGGUAUUAUAGAUCACAUAUCAGAUAUGUUUGAGGUUACAAGUACUAGGAAGAGCAAACGUAAACCAUUGCAGACAGUUGAAAUAAAGGUAAAAAUGGAUUGUGAUGGAUGUGAAAGGAGGGUUACUAAUGCAGUGUCCUCUAUCAAAGGUGUGAAAUCAGUGGACGUAAGCAGGAAGCAAAGCCGAGUAACAGUGAGUGGUUAUGUUGAACCAAAAAAGGUGUUAAAGAAGGUGCAAAACACAGGAAAGAAGGCAGAAUUUUGGCCAUAUGUAGAAUAUAAUUUGGUGUCAUAUCCAUAUGCACCAGGAGCCUACGACAAAAAAGCACCCUCUGGCUACGUGAGAGAUGUUCCACAAGCUUUUCAAACACCAAAUACUCCUACUGAGAGAUUUACUUCAAUGUUCAGUGAUGAAAAUCCUAAUGCUUGUGCAAUCAUGUGAAGGAUAUAUACAGUGCAUGGAUUUUUGUAUGUUGGAAUUUGGAAGCGUUAUACUAGUAAAAUUUUGGUCUUAGCUAGAUUUGCUUUUUGUAAAACCCAAAAAAGCUGUUUAGGUCUUGAGUUGUAUAUUGGAAGUUCCUUUCCGUGUGCUUUUGUAGAUAUGAAAAUAAAUAUUAGUAUUAAAUACCACUA